CCGCCGGCGCCGCCGCCUUCCACCGUCCCCGCCGCUGCCCAGGCCUUCAUCCACUCUGGUCAACCCGCCGCUACUAAGCCCAGCCCCUCCAUCCGCCGCCCGCCUGCAACUCCUCCUCACGGUGAACAGAAGAUGCCAGAAGCUGAGUGGAACGAUGAGCACACUACACUUAUCUGCGAACUCUUUGUUGAGCAAGUUCGGGCUGGAAAUCGACCAAAUACUCAUAUCAAUAACACUGGUUACAGCCUAGUUGCACAGAAGUUUGAACAAAGAACACAGUUACUUUAUACGAAGACACAACUUAAGAAUAAAUGGGAUAAACUCAAGAGAGAUUACAUCAACUGGAAGGAAUUGCUUGCAAGGGGCGCAGGUUUGGGUUGGAACAACGGAAAAGGAACAAUUGCGGCUGACAAGGAUUGGUGGAAGAAUACAUGUACAGAGUUGCCAGGUGCAAAAAAGUUCCGCAGAGCUGGAAUAAAAAAUGAGAAUCAUUUGAAAGUUAUGUUUGAAGAUAUUAUCAGUAGUGUUGUGGAUCAUUCUUCACCAGCAGCAGACAGUGUGCCAUCUGCUCCUGACAGCACCUUGAAUGUUGAGAAUCUUGAUAGAUCCGAUAAUAAUGUGGAAAGUUUCUCAGAAGAUAACCAUGUCAGUCAACUAGACCAUAAUGAUGUCACUCAGCUCGGCAAUAAUGAUGCCAUUCAGCAAAACCAUGACCCUCCCUCAAUUAGGAGCGAUGUGGAAGAGAGUCAUGGCACUCAACUAGACCGUCAUGGUGACACUCAGCUCGGCAAUAAUGGUGUCAUUCCGCUAAACCAUGAUCCCCCCUCAAUUAGGAACAAAAGAAGACCUAUUCAUGUUAAUACCAUGGAGAAUAAGAUAGGGGAAAGUAAGAGAAACAAGACGGAAACAGCUUUGCUCAUGCAAGCUCAGUUGAAGCGUAUAGUGGAGUUGGUUGAGGAAGCACAGUCCAUUUUUGAUAAGUUUUCUUCCCAAGCUGACUCUCCAAGAUCUGACAUUCAAGAUGUUAUGACAUUGGUUCGUGAAUGUGGAGCACGGAGUGGAAGUGAUGAAUAUUUCAUUGCGACUGAACUGUUUGUCAAUCUAGAGCAGAGGCAAAUGUUCUGUACUAUGGAAACAGCCGAAGAGCGUCUUGAAUGGCUUAGAAGAAAGUACAAUGCUAAGUACGGCUAAAUGAUCCUAGGAUUUAUUUUCUGUUAUAUCAAGCGUUUGUUGUCUUCAGCGUUCAAAACUUGUCAUCUUCUAGAUGCCAACAACUUAACAAUUAUGUAUUAGAACCUGACAACUCUUAUCUGUCCACCUGUGGUUGUAAAUCCUCAUUUCUGUAUGUGCAAAUGUCCUUUGGUGUUAAAUAUGCCAUACCUUCAGACCGUGUGGCAAAUGUAGUCAGCAGUGUCAAACCAAUGAUACACAAUAAGCUAUGUUGUACCUUCAAGACAAUGGUUUUCUAA